UUUUUAUUAGGUUUUUUGUGAGAGCUUUAGCAUUAAAACAGGUAACGCCCGCUGCUAGCUAGCUGAAGCUAAACAAGCUAAACUUGUUUUCUCGUACUAGAAUGCACCAAAAAAUGGAAAUAAAUGUGUUCAUGUUUCACAUAAGGAUUUAGAAUGAUGGGUAACAUUCCAAAAAAGUGCAGUUCCCCUUUAAGACUUUGUGUUUUCUAGUUAUAAGUGAUUAAUUAAUCCUUUCCAGGCUUGUAUAACUGAAGGUAGUCAUUGUGUUUUGUACAUAUGUACAGUUAUCAUAGUACUAUAUAUGUACUAUAUAUCUUUUGGGGGCUCUGGAAAAACUUGUAAUAGAAGUACAAAAGAUGGGAGGGGUAACACAAGCGUCCUGUUACAGUCAGCACUUUACUUAUUCAUUAAGACGAUUCCUGUGUUAAUUAUUCAAGCCUUUAAUUAGUUUCCCAAUGCUGCUGCAUUCAAAUAAGGACGCAAUGAAAGCAGUCAAAGCCAGGUUAAUAUGUAGUGUUGGUGCGUUACUUCAUAAAGGAACACUUUAAUUGUAAUUGUAGCUCUAGUGCAGUGGAGGAGUUGAUUUAUUUGUACUUUUUAACCAAAAUAUCACGAGAUUCUGCGCCUGUGUCCUCGCGAGACUUCAACCCCAGCGUCUCUCCCGCAUCAAGCUGGUCGCCUGGCGGUCCGUUGACGGUUUUGUUGCAGUCGAGAACUCCGCAGUCGGUCGUCAUGGGCAACAUCUUUGGAAACCUGCUGAAGAGCCUGAUAGGCAAAAAGGAGAUGAGGAUCCUCAUGGUGGGGCUGGACGCCGCGGGGAAAACCACCAUUCUUUAUAAGCUGAAGCUGGGAGAGAUCGUCACCACCAUCCCCACCAUUGGUUUCAACGUUGAGACAGUGGAAUACAAGAACAUCAGCUUCACCGUGUGGGAUGUAGGCGGCCAGGACAAGAUUCGGCCCUUGUGGAGGCACUACUUCCAAAACACUCAGGGUCUGAUUUUUGUGGUGGACAGCAAUGACCGUGAGCGUGUGAAUGAAGCCCGCGAGGAACUCAUGAGGAUGCUGGCUGAGGAUGAGCUGCGGGACGCCGUUCUUCUUGUCUUUGCCAACAAGCAGGACCUGCCCAAUGCCAUGAACGCGGCAGAGAUCACCGACAAACUGGGCCUGCACUCCUUGCGUCAUCGCCACUGGUACAUCCAAGCCACCUGUGCCACCAGCGGGGACGGCCUCUACGAGGGCUUGGACUGGCUGGCCAAUCAGCUGAAGAACAAAAAGUGAAAGAGCCCCCAGGUUGUACUUCUUAUGGAUGCAUACGUGGAGAGGAAGCGCUGAAGGCUCCUUGCAGUUGACUCAGUGCCCCCCCCCCCCACCUCCUCCCCUCAAAAACCUCUCAUAUUCUUUUACUGCAUUAUUUAUUGCUUUGUUUGGAUCUACGGGGACAAUUUUUAAUCAUGUGACCUAAGUACCUUCCAUUCUAUACACUGGAUACAUAAUUAUGGGGAUGAACCAUGUUUAUGAUAUAAAGUUACUGUAAAGGAAUACAGACCUCAUCUAAAUCUUAAGACCAGUUGAAAAAUAGAUGCACAUUUGGAUCUUAAUGAGGUUUUAAGUAGAGCUGCAAUACGCAAAAUAUUGAAGGGGGCUUAAGACAAAAAACACAUUGAAAAAUGAAUUUAUUGAAAAGAACAAUUGAAGUGAAAUAGGAUGUUUGUCCGCUCAUCAAAAGUCUUAGCUUAUCACUCCAAAAAUUACUACAAAUUCUCAGUACCACCCAGUAAGGAGUAGCUCUAACGUUCUUGUUAAUUACUUUAACAAAGGCAUCUGGGCAUGCUUGAUGAGUGUUUCCAGGAGGCCAUUAGGAACGUUGCUCCAAGUGGUGAAGAUGGCUUCACCAAGGAAGUGAUGACCAUUUUUAUAAACUUCCCUUACCAUGCAUUCCCAAAUAUUCUCUAUGGGAUUUAAACCAGGGGAACGUGGGAUGGUCCAAAAGAGUGAUGCUAUACCCCGUGAAGAACAUCUGCCCAUAACCUGUCGCCGUUUGACGACCUUGCACCAACAGAAGCUCCGGUAUUCCACUGAAUGAAAAAGCACCCCUGAUCAUAAUGGACACUCCCUGGGAAAACAUCUCAGGUGGGAUCUCCUUGUCAUGCCGUAACAUUGGAAGCCAUCUGGACCGCCAAGGUUACAUUUUUUCUCAUCAGAGAAUGAAACUUUUUUCCACCUUUCAAUGUCCCAUGUUUGAUGCUCCGUGGUCAAAGGUCAAAUUGUUUUUUUUUUUUAAACCUUUUUCCCGCAGAAGGUCAUUUCUGAAUGUUUUUUUUUGUCUCUCUCCCCCCCCCCCGCCCCCCCCAUUGCUUUUGCAUAUUGUAGCUCUACUUCAAACCUGACUAAGGUCUUAAUGUGCAAAUUGUUUAAUCUAGUCUUUUUUCAACUGGUCUUAAGAUCUUGAUCAAGUCUACAUGUAUAUGAUGUGUUCAAGGUCUAAACGUGGUUGCAGAGUGGUAUUACUUAGCUGUACUUUCCCGUCCGUACUGUAAAGAAAUGUCAUCAUAGUAAAGCGGUAACCCGCUUAUAUCAGAGUACUAUCAACUUGCAAAGGUCACAUAUUUAUUAUUUGUUAAAAGCCAUGUUGUACUGAAUGAUGUAUAGGACAUAUUUUGUUUUGUUCAAAGUGUCUAUUUAGAUUUUUUUUUACAAUAGAAAUAGUUUUUAAUUUAAUUCCAGACAUAGUUUACUUUUAUUUAUCCUGCUUAAGUCCAACAUUUAAAGUUUAUACUGAUGGGUUGACUCCCAUCGAGCCCUCACCUCAUCCUGCAUGCUAAUACACCAACUGGUGAUCUUAUGAGGGCCCUUAUGAGGGCCCACGGACGUACUGCAGGCCACAUGUUGCUAUCAACCAGCGUAGCCAUCCAUGAGGGAGAGAAGUCUUUGUGUUUUUGAAUGUGUGCUUUUCAAGCCGACUGCAUUGGAUCCUACAUAUCCCACAAUGCAAUUGUUGCUUGAACAUCCUGUUCUCUCUAUUACCUGUGGUACUCCGAUGCACAAAAUAACACAUUACAGUUGUACAAAUAUUGAUUUUCCAACAGAUGAAGUAGUUAAAUGUUUGUUUGUUAACCUGGCAUCCGUCUUUGAGAAUGUUGGAAUUGCAUUGUUUUCAGAAAAGGAGGCGAGGGAAUGCUUGAAAAGGCAUGUUAAUACUGUACAAGUUCUGUAAUAAAAUGAA